CAUUGACCGAUAAAAAGGUUGUCGGAGCGAAUAAGAAUUCUGUACAGCCAAAGGUUUGCUAUCAGUAGGGUGUACUUUCCAAAGGAGAGACAAUAUGAUUACAUAUAGAUCUUAUUAUUUUGCCUUGAUGGUAUUCAUUUUCAGUAUGGGUGCACGACAUGUUGACUGCCUGGAGUGUUAUAGUUGUACCAAUAUAUUUAAUAAAGACAAUUGCACACAUACUGCAAAAUGUGGAUCUGGUCAGUUGUGUUACCAAGACUCAUCUGACAUCGGACAAUCUCCGGCAUACAAUUUAGGAUGCAUCGACAAACACAAAUGUAGUACGACAAAUAGUGGUGGUGGUGCUUCACAACUGGUUGGUCGUGAUUUACAGAAACGACAAACAGAGAGCUGUCAUGAAUGCUGUAGUACUGACAACUGUAACAAACAUCUCUGUGAACAUUUUAAACCUGCUACUUGUAUUGAUGAUGUGAAAAUUGAUUGUGGUUUCCUGAACACAGUCACAAAUAUAUGUGCUGACAUUCAUCAUGCGAAAACAAUUUGUCCUAAGUUUUGCGACCUAUGCUCUUUAGUUGACGGUAUGUGGUCUGACUGGACAGCUUGGUCAACGUGUGACGUCACAUGUGAUAUCGGCACACAGAGUAGAACAAGGACAUGUACAAAUCCACCACCAUCAAACGGAGGCUUAAAUUGCACCGGGCAUGCGAGAGAUAUUAAAUCGUGUCAUAAGCAGCUUUGUCCUGUGCACGGUGGAUGGACAUUGUGGGGAGACUGGGAAUCUUGCUCUGUAACCUGUGACACUGGGUUACAAAAACGUCAUCGAAAUUGUACAAAUCCAAUUCCUGCUAGGUAUGGGGAUCAUUGCUUUGACGAUGCAGUAGACGUUCAACUAUGCAAACCUGGACGGUGCUACCAGACCCAGUCAACAGUUUCAGUUUCUUUUAACGCUCGUGAUGUGGUCACAAGACAUAUGGGCCGGAACCAAAGAGUUAUCUUCAAGAACAUCGUUUUUAAUGUAGGAGGCGGUUACAAUAAAACAACCGGAGUCUUCACAGCUCCCGUGGAUGGCACCUAUCAGUUUUCCGUUCAUAUAUGUAAACAGUCUACUUCAACACUUGAUGUUGAGAUCAUGGUUGAUGGAGUUUCAUAUGCUACUGAAUCGUUGCGCAUUUCGGGUGACUUAUGCGGAUCUGCUGAUACGUUUGCAGUUCUCAGCCCUGGUAAACAAGUUUGGGUACACACAUUAUAUCCCGGUAAUAAUGAUUUUUUUGAGGAAACUAACUAUUUUCGUAACACAUUUACCGGAGCUCUAGUUUAAUUAUAAUGAAAAUAAGUUUUAAAAA